UGUUCUCUGUAAUCGAUUGGUUUCCCCUUUCCGUUCCUCACACGUGCGUGUGUGUUUUGGAGGAAAAGAAAGAUGGCAGCGCCCUCGAGUGAAGUGCAACUUGUUCCUGCCAAAAAGCCCCCAGCUCGAGGACCACGGCGGGUAGCCAAUCAAAUUCCAGAUGAAAUCCUCCAAGACCCUGAGUUACAGGAGGCAAUCAAAGCCCUGCCUGCGAAUUACAACUUUGAGAUCCACAAGACAGUUUGGCGAGUGAGACAAGCAAAAGCUCAGAGAGUUGCUUUGCAGCUUCCAGAGGGCCUGCAAAUGUUUGCCUGCACCAUCAGUGACAUCAUUGAGAGGUUCACAGAUGCAGAUACAAUUGUGAUGGGGGAUGUGACGUACGGCGCCUGCUGUGUGGACGACUUCACUGCUCGAGCCCUGGGAGCUGAUUUCAUGGUGCACUAUGGCCACAGUUGCCUAAUCCCCAUAGACUCGACAGCAGGUAUCAAGAUGCUGUAUGUGUUUGUGGAUAUCCAGAUGGACAAUGCACACUUCCUGGACACAAUCAAGUUCAACUUCUCUCCUGGACAGUCCCUUGCACUCGUCAGCACAAUUCAGUUUGUGGCGGCACUGCAGGCUGUGAGUGCAGCCCUCAAGCCAGAGUAUGAUGUGCUUGUCCCACAGUGUCGCCCCCUGUCACCGGGAGAAAUUUUGGGCUGCACCUCCCCUCGCUUGGAGCGCCAUGUCAAUGCCAUUGUUUAUCUUGGAGAUGGAAGAUUUCACCUGGAAUCAAUCAUGAUUGCAAACCCAGACAUUCCUGCCUACAGAUACGACCCCUACAGUAAGGUGUUCUCCAGGGAAUACUACGACCACGAAGCCAUGCGAGCUUUAAGGCUCCAGGCUAUUGACAAGGCUCGACUGGCCCAGAGAUGGGGACUGAUCUUGGGUACGCUUGGCCGACAGGGCAGCCCUAAAGUCCUGGAGCACCUGGAGUCAAAGCUCCAGUCCUUGGGCAAGUCCUUCACUCGAGUGCUUCUCUCUGAGAUCUUUCCCAGCAAACUGGAUCUGAUACCAGAUGUAGAUGCGUGGGUUCAGAUCGCUUGUCCACGCCUUUCUAUCGACUGGGGCACUGCCUUCUCCAAACCCCUUCUCUCUCCAUAUGAGGCAGCUGUUGCUUUACAAGAGGUAGGCUGGAAGGAAGUCUACCCCAUGGACUUCUACUCCAAUCAGAGCCUGGGUCCGUGGGCACCUAACCACCCUGACAACCAACCUGUGCGGCCUGCUCGUAGACAGACCCAGAAAAAAGGCUCGGAGCCAGCCAUUCCUGCCAAGCACUGUGAGCAGAACCAGUGCGCCCCCUGUGGCUGCCAAGGGGAAUGACACAUCGUGACCAGCGCUGUCUUUAACUCGUGUGUCUGCAUCUGCUAAUAAGCAGAGGGAGGUCAGACCAGAAGAGGAAAAAUGGGAAUUUCAGUCAGUCUAACUUCAGAGGAGUUUUCAGCUUCUUUUUCAAAUAGAUUGGGAGUUAUAUAUAUGGCUUCUAAUCUUACAGGACAGCAGAUCAAACUAAAAUGUUUCCAUUAUUUAUUUUAUUUUUUUGCAUGUAUUCUGGUUUAAAAAUACAUGCAAGUGAGAGAAUAUCUUACAUUUUCAGGCUCUUGCAUGUUCAUGUCAGUCUGAUUGUUAUGACGAAGCUGCUUCCUGCUGUGCUACGAAAUGAAUUCUGCCUGCAAAGGGGAAAUAUGUGGGCCUUUCUGUAAUGGAGAUUCUUCUUUUAUGAUUGUUCCAAAAGAAAGCGUGAGAUGACCUUGAGCAUGCUGUAAGGAAUUAAGUGUCUGCCAAUGUGGGUGGCUCUAGUCAAAUGCAAUCCACUUGGGCGAAGCACUGUAAACUGACACUUAAAAUGAGAUUCGCUUUAUGCUGCGUUUUAAAAACAGCCGACCACAUUGUAGGAAGCACUUUUGUACGCUCAGCGUGUCAUUUUGUGUUUUUCAUACUUUCACAUUUUCUGCCGAUAUGUGAGCAGUUGAGAUGCGACCUGACCCUGUUUUGCUUUCUUGUUUUUGUGGUGAAAUUGUGAAAACAGUAAAUCAGAAAUGAAACCUUU